AUGGUGGUGGGUUGUGGUGCAUUGGUCACCGCACAGCAAUCUUGGACAGCCCCCAUGAAUGGGCCCAAAGGAGGCAAUGCAGCACAUUACUUGGCCAAAAAUUGGCAUGUCCCAAAUGCCAACUUUUAUGGUCAUCAGGACGUAUCAUUUACAAACGAUCCUAUAAGCGGAGACAACAACACGAGUGUACUUCAAGUCAAAUACAAGGAGGGUGCCUAUGGUGCUAUGGGCGUUGGUGGUACAAGUGGUUGCGAGUUCAACGUCUAUCCCUUUGGCCGUUCAGCAUCCUAUGAAAGUGCUAUGGUGAGUUACCAAGUUGCAUUUGCUGAAGGAUUUGAAUGGGUUGAAGGUGGUAAAUUGCCUGGUAUCUUUGGAGGUGAUGCGGCUGCUCGUUGUUCUGGUGGUAAUUUGGCUGACGGCACCAAUUGCUUCUCGAUGCGGCUCAUGUGGCGUUCAAAUGGAAAUGGUGAGGCCUAUGCUUAUAUUCCUGAAAACGGCCUUUGUGAUUCAGGCAAGAAAAACGUUACGUGUGAAGGUGGAUACGGCGUUAGCAUCUCGCGUGGGGCGAUCAAAUUCAAAACCAACACGUGGACAAAGCUGUCAGUCUACGUCAAAAUGAAUGAUGCCAAUGCAUCCAAUGGCGAACUCAAAGUAUGGCAAGAUGGGGCACUUGUCAUCAAUGCCUCCAAUAUCAAAUAUAGGACAUCCAACAAGAUUGGAGCCACCAGCCUAAUGUUUAGCACCUUUUUUGGUGGUGCUGGUCUAGCGUAUGCAUCUGCAGUCGACACAUCGGCCUAUUUCAAAGAUAUCGAAAUGAGCGUUGGCUAG